AUGGAUGUAUUUGAAAACUUUGAAGUUACCGAAGAAGAUUUAGCACAAAUAGAAAACAUUGAAAUAAACUUAUUGAAUUCAAGUUUUCACAUAUCUUCAGAAGAUGAGAAAGAAAAUAUUUCAGCAUUUCCGUCGAACAAACGUCGCCGCCGUAUUAUCCGCUCGGAAAGUGAGGACAGUGGAUUAGAAAAUACGACACCGGAUUUGCCAGAUCACACUCGAACUGAUGGCGGUGGAUGGGGACCGCCAGAAGGUAAACAACGUCGUUUGAUUGCAUUCACUGACAUUUCGGGACCAUCAUACGCUGUUCGAUCUACAAUGGUAAAUAAGUCUCCAUCUGAUUUCUAUUCGCUUUUUGUCACUGACGAUAUGUUGCAUUUUUUUGUUUCUGCAACUAACCAAUACGCUAUUGAGCAAAUAACUAUGAAACCUAACGCUUCUGCUGGUGCGCGCAUCAAACAAUGGGUUCCAACUAACUAUACAGAGAUGAAAAAAUUCUUGGGCAUGCUUCUCUUCAUGGGUGUGGUCAAACUACCAAAAUUAUCGGAUUAUUGGUCGAAGGACGAAGUUAUCGGUCAUCCUUUUCCUAGAACUGCUAUGUCACGUAACCGCUUCGAAAUUCUGCUUCGCAUGUUGCAUUUUUCUGAAGAUGACGAGAAAAACAAGGCCGAUCGACUUCAUCGUGAGAGCCGAGAUGGAAUAACGGUGAUGAAGUGGAAAGACAAGCGCGAUGUUCUUGUUUUAUCCACAAAGCACUCUGUGCGCUUCGUUGAGAUCAUAAAACGUGGACAGGUUGUGAAGAAGCCUCAAAUCGUUUUGGAAUACAAUAAGGCCAAAGGAGGUGUGGAUUUAGCAGACCAGAUGGCUUCUUAUUCAACUCCACUUCGCAAAUCCAUCCGAUGGUACAAAAAAAUUGCAUUAGAUAUGCUUCUAAAUAUAGCUAUGAUCAAUGCUCAUGUUUUGUACCAGUCUGUAACCAAAACAAAAAUAAAAGUAACAGAUUUUAGAGUUGCAAUUUUGAAAUCAUUCUGUGCUAAACAACAAGCAGAUGAACCAGCCUUAACAAGACCGAAAAGACAGAAACAUAUUUUGGUGAAGUUAGACGGCCCAUCAAGGAUGACUAGACGAAAUUGUGGGGAAUGCUACAAAAUGAAUGUCAAAAACUUGGGUCGCUUACAAGCACGAAAUAAGACGAAAAAAGUAAACACUUUUUGUAGCGUUUGUCCUGAAAAGCCAAUUUUGUGCCAUGACUGUUUCUUUAAACUGCAUUUUUAG